ACAAGCUUCUCAGCACAGAGUCGGUAUUUGACGUUUAUCCCAGAUCUGCACCGUAGUUAGUCUCCGCCAUUUCGAUUUCAGGUUUCCUGAGAAAAAGUGGAGCUUUGACAACAAUAUGGAAUCAUCAUCAGGAGCAGUGGCGGAAUUUGAUUAUUUGUUUAAGUUGUUAAUGAUAGGAGAUUCUGGGGUUGGAAAAAGUAGCCUUUUGCUCAGUUUCACUUCUGAUACUUUUGAGGAUCUCUCUCCUACCAUUGGAGUGGAUUUCAAGGUAAAACAUGUUACAGUUGGAGGGAAGAAGUUGAAGCUUGCAAUUUGGGACACUGCUGGACAGGAAAGAUUUAGGACUUUGACUAGUUCAUAUUACAGAGGAGCUCAAGGAAUCAUCAUGGUUUAUGAUGUAACAAGGCGAGAAACCUUCACUAACUUGUCUGAUAUUUGGGCUAAAGAAAUUGACCUCUACUCAACAAAUCAAGAUUGCAUCAAGAUGCUAGUAGGCAACAAAGUUGAUAAGGAGGGUGAAAGGGUUGUCAGCAAAAAAGAGGGCAUUGACUUUGCAAGGGAGUACGGAUGCCUCUUCAUUGAGUGCAGUGCAAAAACUCGCGUAAAUGUAGAGCAGUGUUUUGAGGAACUUGUUUUGAAGAUCUUGGAGACACCGAGUCUCUUGGCUGAGGGCUCAGCUGGCGUGAAAAAGAACAUAUUCAAACAGAAACCUCCUGAAUCUGAUGCAUCCACAAGCAGUUGCUGCUGAAUCCUCAUCUCUCCUUUGCCCUUGAGUUUCCUGUUGAUGUAAUUUUAGAUGCCUUAUUCACGUGUUUGAUCCAAGAACCUGUGUUAAAUCGACUUUGGCCUAAACACGAUAUGUUUGUCUUAAAAUGUAGUAGCAUUGUUUGAUCUCAGUUUCUUUUUGUUUGCUU